GAGAUCUAAUGUCAGUUGGACAUCACUUACUUAGACGUCUUGGACCAGAUCACGCCACCCAACACUUCCUACAACCCUAACCCUCGAAACAGCACUGGGAGAUCUUGCGCGGCGACCUCGGCGGGAUUCUUCGCUUCUCGGGUUUAGUGCGCGUUUUUGUGGAGAUGGAGGUUUUAUGCCGAAGCCAGAGUGGCGGAGCUGCUUUCUGCUCCAUAAUGGAGUUAUGCGUCGCCGAGAUUGCUUUGGCCGUGGAAAAGACUCUCCUUUCGCUUCUUCUAGCGAUGGUCUCUUCAUCAAGUCAAACUGCUUCACUUGUUGAAGGUCCUGAUGCAAUUUACAGGAUACUUCGAAAGAGCAAGGAUGAAGCUGUGCCAGAGAACAAGGAUGAUGGUGAUUCAGAUGAGGACGAAGAGGAUGAUGAGGAUGACAACGAACAAGAUGAAGACCAGGAAGAUGACGACGGGGCUGAAGAUGAUCCUUCUGGGGAUGAAAAUGAUAACCCGGAGGCCAAUGGCGAAGGUGGAAACGAAGAGGAUGAUGACAAUGGUGACGAUGAUGACGACGACGAUGACGGUGAUGAGGAUGAAGAAGAGGAUGAGGAUGAAGAGGACGAGGAAGAAGACGAAGAGGAUGACCUUCCGCAGCCGCCGGCCAAGAAGAGGAAGUGAAGCCCGAUGAUGUUAUCGGUUGUGGUCGAGAUUCCAAUUUAGUUAAUGCUUGAUUAGGAGUGUAGCAUUAGAGUGGUUUUAGAUUGUUGCUCGCAUGGUGAUGAACUUGACAUCGCUACUUUUACUAUGCUUUAAUCUAAAACAAUUAUCAAUGA